CUCUUGUGGGAAUCAUCCAAGAAAGGCUCGUUUGUGUCCAAAGUUGCGAGCUUUUCUUGUUCUUGCAAGGAAGAGGGAGAGGGGAUGAGGGAGUACUGGACGGCGCUGGCGUCGCUGAUGGGCGCGCUGGCGUUCUUGCAGGGGGUGCUGCACGCGGUGUUCCCGGCGGAGCUGCGGGCGGCGGUGGCGAGGCUGCUGGGGCGGGCGACGCGGGCCUUCUCGCCCUACUGCUACUUCGACGUGACGGAGACGGAGGGGAUGAGCACCAACGAGAUCUACGACGCCGUGCAGCUGUACCUCAGCAGCACCGCGGCGCCGGCGGCGGGCGCGAGGCUCAGCCUGUCGCGGCCGCACAACGCGUCGUCCUUCACCUUCGGCCUCGCCGCCAGCGACCGCGUGCUCGACGGCUUCCGCGGCGCUGCCGUCGCGUGGGAGCACGUGGUCGCGCCGCGCCAGUCGCAGGGGUUCUCCUGGCGCCCGCUCCCCGAGGAGAAGCGCCGGUUCACGCUCCGGAUCCGCCGCGGCGACCGGGACAAGCUGCUCCCGGCCUACCUCGACCACAUCCUCGCCUCGGCGGCGGACAUCCGCCGCCGGAGCCAGGACCGGCUGCUCUACACCAACGCGCGUGGCGGCGCCAUGGACGCGCGUGGCCUGCCGUGGGACCCGGUGCCAUUCAAGCACCCCAGCACGUUCGACACGCUCGCCAUGGAUCCCGACCGCAAGGCGGCCAUCAUGGCCGACCUCCGCGACUUCGCCGACGGGAGCGCGUUCUACGAGCGCACCGGCCGCGCCUGGAAGCGCGGGUACCUCCUGUACGGCCCGCCGGGAACAGGCAAGUCGAGCAUGAUCGCCGCCAUGGCGAACUUCCUCGGCUACGACGUGUACGACCUCGAGCUCACCGAGGUCGGCAGCAACGCCGACCUGCGGAAGCUGCUCAUGAAAACGACCUCCAAGUCCAUCAUAGUGAUCGAGGACAUCGAUUGCUCCGUCGACCUCACCAACCGAGCCGCCGCGGCGCCGGCGCCGAAGCCGCGGCCGAGCAUCGACGGCGCCAUCGACCAGGACGCGUCGGCCGGGGCGGCGCGGUCGAUCACGCUCUCCGGCCUGCUCAACUUCACCGACGGCCUCUGGUCGUGCUGCGGCUCGGAGCGCAUCUUCGUCUUCACCACCAACCACAUCGAGAAGCUCGACCCGGCCCUGCUCCGCUCCGGCCGGAUGGACAUGCACAUCUUCAUGAGCUACUGCUCCUUCCCGGCUCUCAAGAUCCUCCUCCGCAACUACCUCGGCUUCUCCGACCCCGACCCCGACACCGGCGCCGUCAUGGCCGGCCUCGAGUCGUGGAUCGACGCGGCGGAGAUCACGCCGGCGGACGUCAGCGAGGUGCUGAUCAAGAACCGCCGGAGCGGGAGCAAAGAGGCGAUGGAGCAGCUCCUCCGUGUGUUCAAGGCCCGCGCCGAGAAGCGGCGGCGGGAGAGCGGCCCAUCCACGGCUGUGAAGGUGACCAGCGACAACAACAACAACGAUGAUGAAGAGGAAGAAGAAGAGGAAGAGAAGAGGGCACUGGAGAGCCCCAAGGAAGGCAAGGAGCAGCAGGGCGGCGGCAUGGCCGGAGAGGACGACGAGGAGACGGAGGCCAAGAAGCAGCUGUGACCAAAAGCAAGCCGGUGAAGCGAGGGGGAGGGAAGCGAGAAAAUGUUCAAAAUUUUUCCCCUGUUUGCUGACAUCUCCAUGGCACUUUUCACAGGGGAUGAUGCAAUGCAAGAAAGGAGCUUUCUCACAAAAAAGAAUUCUUUUUCCCUUUGUCUUCAUUUUUAUGUCCUUGAUUAUCCCUCCUGAUGCCUGCAUUAGCUUUAGGCUUUAUUAGUAACAGGUGCCUCCUCUUGAGCUAUUUUUCUCCGGCAAUAAGGAUUUUGUUCCUGAAAUCAAGUGAGAGAUAGCACUGUUGGUUAAUAUACUCCUGACAUGAUCCUAUCAGGAAUGUCCUAGUGAGAAUGUGCUUUUUUUUUUGGCUAGGAAGAAUGUGGGCGCGUACGGAAGGAGGUGUUGGGUUUGGAAUUAAUGGUGCACGUAAAACGAGAAAUA